AUGAAAUUAAGUUGUAAUUAUUUGUCUAAAUUAAAUAAAAAAAAAAUAAAAAAGCAAAAUGAAAUACUUAAUGAAGAAUUACGAAAAAUUGAAGAUAAAUGGUUUAACGAUGAUGAUGAAAAAAACAACACUGAGGAAAAUGAUAAAUUAACUAAAAGAAAAGAAAUGUUAGAGUUUAUACAAAAACAAGAUGAAUUUAAAAAUUUAAAGAAAAUUUCUUCUGAUGAAGAUGAUAAGCCACCAGAAAAAAAAAAGGAGCGUAUUAUUAAAAAUGAUAAAGAUUUAUUAAAAGAAUUACAAAAGCAAAUUAAGGAAAAAAAAUUACAAAAAGAAAAGUUAAAUAAGGAAAACCAAAAGAGAGAAGAAAUCGAAACAAUUUAUUUAUCAGAACUUGAAGAGAAACAAAAGGAGGAAGAGAAAAAUGUUAUAUUAAGAAAUAAAGAAAGUGCUUUAAUAAUUAAAAAUCAAAUGGAGGAAAAUACACUAAGGAAACAUGAGGAAGAAAAAUUAAAAAUUAUAGAAGGUGAAAUUAUGAAAAAACGUUUUGAGAAAAAUAAAAUCGAUGAAUUAGAAAAAAGGAAAGAAAAAAUAUCCGAACAGAAAGAACUUUACAGCUACAUAUUGGAGAGUAAUAAAAAGCACAUAGAAGCUAUAAAUGAACAAAAGAAAGAGGAAAAGAGAAAAGAUGCAGAAUAUGUAAGAUAUUUAGAAGAAAAGGCAAAAAGAGAAAAGGAAUACGAUGAAAAAAUAAAAAAAGAAAAAGACGAUAAGGAAAAAGAAAUACAUGAAAUAAGGAUGAAGCAAAAAAAGAAUGUUGAAUUGGCUGCUCAUUUUGAUGAAAUACAAGCAUUAAAAUGGCAGAAGGAAACCAAGCGUAAAGAAGAUGAAAAAAGAAUUAUUGAGGAAAAAGAGAAGAACAGAAAAAACGAAGAAUUAAAGGAAGCAAGAUUGAUAGCAAUGGUAGAAAAAAAGAAAAAGGAAGAUGAAAAAAUAGAAGAACGUAAGAAGGACGCUGAAAAUUUGAGAGAAAUAUAUGAACGUCAUGAAAAGGAAAAAAAAGAAGAAGAAGAAAAUGAGAAAUUAAAAAAAAAGGAUUAUUAUGAAAGUUUAACAAAAUUAGUUAAUUUGAAAAAUAAAAAAAAAAUUAAAAAAAAAAAAAUUAAUAAUGAAAAAUAA